GGCUUAAAUGGUCUGAUUUACUUAAAUUUAAGAUUAGGUCACAGUUAGGGAAGUUAGAUAUUCAUUAGCAAGUGAGGUAGAAGAAGAUAGAAAUUAUAGGUGAUCCUGAUUUCUAUUUAUCAUGUAUUCCUUGUAGUGAAAAUUGUGGUGUAAAACAUGUCUUCCGAAGGAACUUUAGGUGUUGGAAGGGAAGGAGAAGUGGGAAGCCUAAGUUCAAGCUCGAGCUUGAGCUUGGGUGUGGGGAAUGAAAUGGAGGAGCUCAGCAGAUGGAAAGGGAAGAAGCUAAACCCAAAUAAGUACCAGCUGGGGGUGGUGGAGAAGUAUAAGGUGGAAAGGCUGGACAAGGUUGGAGGGGAGUUAGUAGACAUAAUGUCCCUAACCAGUCUAGAGGUGGUGGAGUCAUCUAGGAUCUAUGGGAGGAGCUCGUUGAGCAGAAGUGGUAAAGCUAUAAGGCUCUUAGAAAAGAAGUCCAAGGCAUUAGCUUCGGUCGCCUUGGAGGAAAGAUUCGAGGCCCCAGUUGAGUUUGUGCCUCAGCCUUCCCCUGUGCAGAUCCACCCAUCUUUGUGGGAGGUGGGGGUAGUAACACAUGGGAAGGGGAAAAGCUCUGUUCCCUUCCCCAAGCAGACGUCGAGCUUCUAUGAGUCCAACAGGACAAUUGCCAAGCGAUUCAGCAACUCCCACUUCCCUGAAACUGCAAACUUGGUGAAUGGUCUAGUGGUUGAAUUCUUCGAUUGCCUCAAAGAUCACAUUACCUUGGGUGGGAAGAAUGAAGAACUUAGUCGGCAAAAAGAGACAGCGGAGAAGAACUUUAAUGAUCUAACCUCGGAGCUCAAGAAUGUCAGGGAAGAGUUGGAAAUUGCCAAGGCUGCUGCCAAGUUGGAGGAGCAAAAGAGGAGAGAGAGUGAGGAGAUCGUGGCCAACAGGAUAACGACUUGGCCGAGGUCAAGAAGAAAGCUGAGCUGGCAAUCCACAACUCGGUUGAGCAACAUGUCUCCGAUUUUAUCAAGGGUGGAGGAAAAUGGGGAUAGUCUGACAGCUGAAUUCUGGCCUGAGAUAAAGUUGGCUUGGGAAUGGGAUGAGGUUGGGAGAGUUAUCCUUCCACCGAAGUUGGAGUUGGAGUUCGUUGCAGUGGACGAAGAAGUUGAGGUGCCGAAAGAGGUCGAAGUGGCAGACAAUGUUCAAACUGAGGAGGUGGAUCAACAGCAUCAGGUCAUGACUGAGCUCGACCAGCUUGUUCUAUGUCUUCUUGUUUCUCUCUCUUUGGAAUUGUACCCUUUAAGAACAUUUGUAUUUUGUUUUUGAUUUAGUGCAUUGAAAAUUCAAAAAUUAAUGUUGUUGAUGAUUUCGACAUAAAUGUGUGACUUCUAACCUCGGAACCAUAACUUCAAAUAAUAGACAUCAGAAUUGAAAUAAAAUAUCUAACUUAAU